CUAUCUAUCUCCACUAGCUGCGUGUGCCCUUUUUCAGAGACAGAGAGCGAGGGGGAAAAAGAAACAGAGAAACAGAGAAGGGAAGGGAAGGGAAAAGAUGAUCCCGGUAAUGUACGGGGAGUCUCAACUGUGCGCGGCCACGGUGGUGUUGUACUGCAGUUGCAUUCUGCUUCCGCUGCGCCAAUUGAAGCAGAGGGUUGUGGGCAUGGUGGUGAGGCUCCUGUUCGGUUCCGAUUGCUGGUACGGAAACGGGCCAUUGGUGAUCGACAGCUGGGUGGCGGCCUGCAGCAGGAUGAAUGUGAGGCGGCUGCUGGCGGCGGAGGCUGCACCUUAUAAGGAGGAGGAGGAGGCAAUUAGCUGCUCCAUCUGCUUGGGAGAGCUGAGGAAGGGAAGGGCGUGUCAGCUGAGAAGGUGCAAUCACGCUUUUCAUGUCAAGUGCAUAGAGAGAUGGGUGGAGCGGGCACACUACACUUGCCCUCUUUGCCGCACCUCCAUCUUUGCUUCCCUCACCUGACCUCCUUCCUUAAUUAGCCCGCUCUUUUUUGAAGCAGAUGGCAGCAAAGAUAUGUUAUAGAACUGGGAAUAAAUAUUAAGGUUAUAG